AUGAAGUUGGAAAGUUUUGGCUUGACGUUGGAAUGUCUUCAAAAGUGCAGAACGGGUUGCAAGAUUUUGGGUUUGUUCAUCUCAAAGUGGUUCUCAUCGUCAAGGAACAAGACUGCCAGGGAAGGACCAGCUGAAGAGAACAGUUGGAAGCAGUUUGGGGUCACUCCUAAGGGUGGUAAUGAGAGCUGCUCUAACCAAUAUGGUUGUACAGAUCGACAAUCUGGAGAUGAUGAAGCUAUGGCUAUGGAUGAGACGUUUUGCAUGGCGCUAGAAUAUGGAUUGCCUCCUACUGGUGGUUGGGGAAUGGGAAUAGACAGGCCUCUUAUGUUACUUACCGACUCACAGAACAUUAAGGUCCCACUUUUUUUUUUCCCUGAAGCCAGUCUAGAGAAAUCCAAUGAAGUAGUAUGUAUGUUGUCUUACUCAUGUUCUGAAUUUUGUUGCAUGAGGUUUUCUUUUUCCCAACAACGAAGCCUCAUGACUAGCCAGCUGCUGCAAUAG